AAAUCGACACUCAGGCGACUCAACUCUCAUCCUCUCCGGUCUCCGACACUAGCUCCGGCCUCUCUUUUUAGGACAACACCACUGAAAACUCAAUCUAACAAACAACUAUCAAAUGAUAAUUAGAUUCCUUCAUGUCCCUCCAAUACCUCAAUCAUCCCAAAACCCUACAAAAAUCCACCACAACACCCUUAAGAAAACUUCAGUAAGUCCUAAAAAUGGAGUCCUUACUGCUACUGCACCACCGCCUUUGGUCACCACAGACUCCGGCCUCCGUUUCAGGGAAAAGAUUCUCUAUCUCAAAUCCCUGAAAGUAAACCCUGCAAAAGCCCUACACAGAAACCCAAAUUUCCGAUCAACCUCACUCCAAUCCCUAAAAUCUGUGGAGAAAUGUCUCUCAUCAAUGGGAAUCGAACGUUCAGAAUUCGGCCGUAUCUUCGAUAUGUUCCCUCAGCUGCUCACCUGCGAUCCCGACACUGAUCUUUACUCUGUAUUUGGCUUCUUAUUAGAUGACGUGGGUCUCCAUUUCUUUGACAUUCGAAAAUCCAUUCUUCGGUGUCCUAGACUUCUGAUCUGUAGCGUAGAAGAUCAAUUGAAACCCACAUUGUGGUUCUUGAGGAAAUUAGGGUUCAUGGGCUCCAGCAAAAUCACCUCCCAAACGACCAUGCUAUUGGUUUCAAGCGUAAAGAGCACACUGAUGCCCAAAUUGGAUUACUUGAUGGGAUUAGGGUUCGAGUAUGAAGAGGUGGCUAAUAUGGUGUUAAGAUCUCCUGGGCUAUUGACAUUUAGCAUUGAGAAUAACUUCAAGCCAAAAGUCGAGUUCUUUCUGAAUGAAAUGAAGGGGGAUUUGGGUGAUCUCAAGAAGUUCCCACAAUAUUUUUCGUACAGUUUGGAAGGUAAGAUUAAGCGGCGGCAUCGGUUGUUGGUUGAUCAAGGGGUUUCUGUACCAUUGUGGGAAAUGCUGAAGGUUAGUGAUGGAGAAUUCACGGCUCGGUUGAUUGAGGCCAGGCUACGAUUAGGUGACAAGCGAUGAUGGUUUCUAAGCUAUUACAAGCAAGUUGAGCCAAGUCGGUUGGGGCUUAGACGACAAAAAAGCAUCGUUGCUUGUUUCCAUUUCCAUAUCUGUAAAGAAACCCUAGUUCUUAUGAACCAAGAUCGGUUUGCCAGAUAUCAAACCUUCUUUUGUUGAAAAGGUAUGAUGGGUACUGUUGAUUCAAUUCAUUCGAUUUAUUAACCUGUCUUUUACAAUCAGAGUUUUGUGAAGAGGGUUUUACAUUAGGAUUUAUUAUAUAUAGAUUGUUUCGAUUGUAUCAAUGGACGAUCUGGAGAAGGCGAUACUCAUCAUCUUUGAUGAAUUGGGGACAUUUACAUCGGAACUGAAAUCACAGGCGGUUGUAUUCUCUAAACAAAUCAAAAGAUAAUCCUUCUAUAUGUAGUAUUUUGUAUCGAAUGAUUGUGUUUUCUGAAACUGGUUCAUGUUCAGUUCUGGUGUUUGCACAAAGUUUUGCAUGGUCUCGUUUGUAAAUGAAGUUUGAUUUUAGUUAUGAAACUCCGUUCAUA